AUGCAUUUCGCCCAAGGCAUCGCACGCGUCGCACAGCUCCAUCAACAGGCGGGAUCUGAGAUCGCGCAGCGUGCGAAAUCAGCAGACGCGCAGCUAGCGACAUCGGCAGAUCCGAUCUCUGAGCAGGCUGGCGGCGAAUCGGCAGUGGAAGAGGUCGGCGCGACGACCGUAUUUCACGGCGAUAAUGACGGCGAAAAUCGCGGCGAGAUCCAUCGUAGUAGCCACAGCGACAGUAUCGGCGAGCAACGCGCCGGUUCCAACCCUUCGUCGGCGUCGCUGGGGGCGAGCGAAGCGGCGGUGGACGUUGGACGAGAGGCUGAAGGAGAGAUGGGCCAUCCGACGGUAGAUUCGGGCAAUCCGACGGUGCAGAUGGACCGUCUGGCGAUGGACAUUGGGCAUCCGUCGCAGCGGUCGCUGGACGAGAGGCUGAAGGAGGGCGAUGUGGAGGCUCUCGAGAUUCCGAUGGAGUCGCGGCGCGCGUUCGAGGAGGCGUGGCAGGGGGUGAUAGCGGCGGGCGGCGAGGAGAAACUGUCGCCGCCCAAGGAGAUCGUGUGGCUCAACGGCGCGCCCGGCGCGGGGAAGGGCGCCAACACGCCCUUCAUCCUCCGCACGCGCGGAUUCGAAGCGCGCGCCAUACAAGUGAGCGACCUGUUGGGCGGCAAUGAGGACGUGGCGGCCAUCAUGAGAAGUGGCGGGCUCGUCUCCGACUCCAUGGUGCUGCAGAUCGUGCUGCAGCGAAUCCUAACUCUCGGCAACACGCCAGCCAUGCUACAGGACGCGGAUCACGGCGAGGUGGUGGCGAAUCCCGAGGCGGGCGGCAAAGUGGCCGGCGCUGUGGUGGACGGGUUUCCACGCACCACCGUGCAGGUGGACUUCAUCAAGAUGCUCUAUGACAGGUUAAUGGAGCUGCAUCACAAGUAUCUCAACACGCCCCUGGAAGCACAGUUUCCCCGACCCAUCUUCCGUAUCGCCGUCCUGUACGUGGAGGAGGAGGAGAGUGUGAGGCGGCAGCUGGCACGGGGCAGGGCGGCCAUUCAGCACAACCAGCGGGUGGUGGACAGCGGGAUAGGGGAGCUGCAGGAAGUGCGGGCGACUGACUUGUGUGAGAAGUCAGCCCGCCGCCGCUACCACAUAUUCCGGCAGCACUACGACACUCUGCUGCGCCUCAAGGCCUUCUUCCCCUUCCACCUCAUUGAUGGCAUGGGGACGCUGGCUGAGUGCAGAGAGCAGAUAGAGAAGGAGCUUCAGUAUCAGAGCGCUUUGGAGCUCAACCUAACCACGUUCCGAGCCAUCAGCCACAUUCCCCUCGCCUCUGACAUAGCCAAGUAUGCGCGGCAGAACAUGGUGACUCGCCUCGACAGUUACCAGCAGAAGGACCCUGCUACGUUCAAGGAGGUCAUCGCAGUGAUAGACUCGCAGGUCAUCCCCAUCAUCCGCCGCUCCGCCCUCUCAGGCUUUGCCAUCUUCAACACCGAGCUCCCGGUCUUCUUCGACCGCCCAGGAGCACCUCAAAUGCUGGCGGAUAUUCUAGCAGAGCGUGGCUACUUUGUGUACUGGCAGACGCGCAUUCGGGAGGUGCCAGUGCGCAUAGACCCAUCCACCUUCGCCAUCGAGUGUCUGCGCCGCACCACCAUGGAGUUCCGCAUCAAGUUCGACCGCCCGCUCAUCCGCUCCUCCGACUCCCUCUCCUCCCUCUCCGCCUCCUCCUCCUUCCUCACUGCCACCGCCGCCAAAGCCUCUGCCUCCGCCUCCUCCCCCUCCUACUCCUCCUCUCACUCGCUGCUCACGCUGCAAUCAGCCACGUUCCAACCACCGCCAGAGACUAAGGCAAGCGCCAUGUGCCCUUCGUUCCCUGGGGGGAAUCCGCCCUGCUUUGUGCCGGAUAAGGAGUUGAACGGAGGGAGCUCGGAAGAGGAUGGGUCGGGGGGUGCGAUUUCUCGGCCUGAGGGGUGCCCGCCUCUGCCUCCUUGGGUUCCCACUGGGGAGAAGAGGAGGUGA